AUGGCCGCCCGCCCGCCGCGGGCACAGGCCGCCCUGGGCCGGCGCCGCCCGAACCGCCGCCUCAGAACCGCCCCGGCCCCGGGCGGGAUCCGCUGCACCCUGUACGCCGCGGCCGGAGGGAGGGAACGGGGCACCGCGGCGCGGCCCGGCCCGGCCCCGCAGGCCGCGAUCGGGAGCUGGCUGCCCCCGGGGCAUGAAGGGGUUUCAAAGCCCGCUCCUCAGCAGGCAGCCCGGGGCCGGCCUCACCGGGACGCGACCCUCCCCGUCCCGCUCCCUCCCACGGCGAGCGCUCCGCCGCCUCACAGGCGGGGAGGCCCCGCGGCCGCCUCCUACCUGGCUCCGCACCCUUCCCUUCCCGCCGCUCCGCCCCGCUGGCUGCCGUCGGGAAAGGCGGGCGACGGGGAGCGGCGGGGCGGGGCGCUGGCGGUCAUGGGAGCCGGGCGUUCCUUGUCGGUGUUUGUUGUUGCUCUCCCGCGAAAGUGCGGCCGUCUCCCCGCCAGCCCCCGCCGGGAGGGAAGCGUGGCGGUGCAGGCCUGGCGAUGGAUUUCCAGAGGAGCGUGGCGGCCGGGGAUCUCAGAAGUGGAAAGAGAAAAGCGAUCUGCCAUAAUUCCACUGAAAGAGAGAUGGGCUAUUCCUUUACUUAAGAGAGGCAGCGGAACUUCAUACAGCAAAAGGAGAAACUUAAAGAAAGAGGAGAAAAUGAAUUGCCUCACCAUUUUGAAUUAA